ACUUCACUCUUUACGCUCUUUCAGUGUUGUGACGUAGGACGCACUGUACGUAUAGCGUAACGCACGUUUAGGUCCAGAAGCGCCAUCGGAACUUUGGAGAGGUCAGAUAAGUUGUCGCUUUUGACGGCCCGGGUUUUGGUCACACUGACCCCAACAUGUAUCGUCCAAAACCAACUCUGAAGGACCGGCAGCAUCUGUACAAGCUCAUCAUCAGCCAGCUGCUCUAUGAUGGAUACACCAACAUCGCAAACAGUCUCAUCAGUGAGGUUAAACCACAGACUGUUGUUUCGCCCUCUGAGCAGCUGAUGCAGCUGGCAAAGAUUGGGAUGGAGAAUGAUGACAGUGCAGUUCAGUAUGCCAUUGGACGCUCAGAUACAGUGGCACCUGGUGUGGGUAUCGAUCUGGAAUUCGAUGCCGAUGUCCAGACCAUGUCUCCGGAGGCAUCAGAGUACGAGACCUGCUACGUCACAUCCCAUAAAGGUCCAUGCCGCGUCGCCACUUACAGUCGUGAUGGCCAGCUGAUCGCUACCGGGUCUGCUGACGCUUCCAUCAAGAUCCUGGAUACUGAGCGUAUGCUGGCCAAGAGCGCCAUGCCCAUUGAGGUAAUGAUGAACGAGACAGCACAGCAAAACAUGGAGAAUCACCCUGUGAUUCGGACACUGUACGACCACGUUGAUGAAGUCACCUGCCUGGCCUUCCACCCGACUGAACAGAUCCUAGCCUCUGGCUCCAGAGAUUACACCCUCAAACUGUUUGACUACUCAAAGCCCUCUGCAAAAAGAGCUUUUAAAUAUAUACAGGAAGCAGAAAUGUUGCGUUCCAUCUCCUUCCACCCAUCAGGCGACUUCCUGCUGGUUGGAACUCAGCACCCCACCUUGCGUCUCUACGACGUCAACACCUUCCAGUGCUUCGUGUCCUGCAACCCGCUGGACCAACACACCGAUACCAUCAGCGGUGUCAGCUACAACCCCAGCGCCAACAGCUACGUCACCUGCAGCAAGGAUGGCAGCAUCAAACUGUGGGAUGGCGUCUCCAACCGCUGUGUGACCACCUUCGAGAAGGCCCAUGACGGAGCUGAGGUGUGCUCUGCCAUCUUCUCAAAGAACUCCAAGUACAUCCUGUCCAGUGGCAAAGACUCCGUGGUCAAACUGUGGGAAAUCUCAACAGGCCGGACGCUGGUCAAAUACACAGGCGCGGGUCUGAGCGGCCGUCAGAUGCAUCGCACACAGGGCGUGUUCAACCACACGGAGGACUACGUGCUGCUGCCAGACGAGCGCACCAUCAGCCUGUGCUGCUGGGACUCGCGCACGGCCGAGAGGAAAAACCUGCUUUCUCUGGGUCACAACAACAUCGUCCGCUGCAUCGUCCACUCACCCACCAACCCGGGCUUCAUGACCUGCAGCGACGACUUCAGGGCCCGCUUCUGGUACCGCCGCACCACCACAGACUGAGACACGUCCCGCCUCGACAUCUCUCUCUCUCUCUCUCUCAUCCUUCCCACCCCCACCUGAACUGCUGGACAGCCUUCCAUGACCUCACCGAACUCGUCACUGUCUGAUCUGUGGCGGUCUUCGUUUCUGCUUAAUUUGAAACCGUGCAGUGGAGUUUGUGGGACUUUCCAUUGCACCAUUUUAAGAGUAAAGGUGUGUGAGGACAGUG